AUGGUUCGCCUCUCUGCUUUCCUCGCGGUCCUCGCCGCCGUUGCCGCCCCCGCCGUUGCCGUUCCCUACCCGCAGGACGCCGGCGCCGCCUAUGGUUCGGCUGCCGUCGCUGAUACGUCGGCCGCUGAUGCGACGGACGCUGCUGGUGCCGCUUCCACUGGUGGCACCGAUGCCGGCUACACGCCCACCGACGCCGGAUACUCUCCCACCGAUGCGCUCACCAACGGUACCGCCGUGGAGACGGGGUCGGCCGCGAACGGAACUGUCAUGGAGCCCACCUCGAUCGACUCGGGCGCGGUUCCCUCGUCCACCAAGAAGUGCAAGAGCAAGAGCAAGACCAAGACCUACACCCCCAUGGCUGGAGCUUCAACUGUGCCCGCCAAUGGCACGGACGCGGUGGCGGCAGAGACUGCGGCUGUCAAUGGCACAGACGCUGCGGUCACAGCUGCCAUCUCUGCUGCGACGGACGGCAUGGCAUCUGGGACAGACUCGUCAGCGGCAGCUGCAACCGACGCUGGCGCCGGUUAUUAA